AUGACAACACCUAGAAAUUCAGUGAGUGGAAACUGCCCUGGAGAGCCCAUGAAGGGCCCAAUUGGCAUGCAGCCUGUUCCAAAAGUAGUCUUCAGGAAGACACCUUCAGUGGUGGGCCCCACACAAAGCUUCUUCCUGAGGGAAUCCAAGGCUUUGGGGGCUGUCCAGAUUAUGAAUGGGUUCUUCCACAUUGCUCUGGGGGGCCUUCUGAUGAUCCCUAUUGGGGGAGUCUAUGCACCCAUCUGUGUGGCAGUGUGGUACCCUCUCUGGGGAGGCGUUAUGUAUAUUCUUUCUGGAUCACUCCUGGUGGCAGCAGAGAAAAAUCCCAGGAACAAUUUGGUCAAAGGAAAAGUGAUAAUGAAUUCAUUGAGCCUCUUCGCUGCAAUUUCUGGAAUAAUUCUUUUGAUCAUGGACAUACUUAAUAUUACAAUGUCCCAUUUUUUAAAAAUGGAGAGUCUGAAUCUUAUUAAAGCUCCCACCCCACUUAUUAAUAUAUACAGCUGUGAACCAACUAGCCCCUCUGAGAAAAACUCUCCAUCUAUACAAUAUUGUUACAGUGUACAAUCUGUGUUCUUGGGCAUCUUGUCAGUGAUGCUGAUCUUUGCCUUCCUCCAGAAACUUGUGACAGCUGGUAUUGUUGAGAAUGAGUGGAAAAGAAUGUGCUCCAGACCCAAAGCUAAUGUGGUUCUCCUGUCAGCUGAAGAAAAGAAGGAACAAACAGUUGAGAUGAAAGAAGAAACAGUUGAGCUAACUGAAGUAUCUUCCCAACCAAAGAAUGAAGAAGACAUUGAAAUUAUUCCCAUCCAAGAAGAGGAGGAGGAGGAGCCAGGAGUGAAUUUAGCAGAACCUCCCCAAGAUGAGGAAUCCCCUCCAGUAGAAAAUGACGACUCUCCUUGA